CAUUUAUAAGAAGUACAUCUAACUCAUUGGAAAACACGUUUCUAAAAUAUGGUGGACGAACAGUUAUCUGCAGCUUUGCGAGACUUACCAGGCAGAGUUCUAAACGUGCCUGUCGAAGAACGACAACAUUUAUUUCAAAAUGUAUCCUCAGUUUUAAAAAAUUCUGGUAUAAAUUCAACAAUUAUUCGUGGCAUAUGUAAGGUGAUUGGAACUACGAUAACGAAAUAUAAGGAUCCUACAUCGCAACGAAUUGUUAGAGAUCUUAUAGUAGACCUUGUAACUAUUCAUCACGAUUUAACAAUUGAACAUAUGUUAAACGUUUUUAAAGCCUUUAUAUAUAAAGAAUUCGCUAGUGUGUCACCUCAAAAAUCGUGUAAAUUGGCAGUUAUAGCAUUGGGAUGGAUAUCUAUCAUACAAAAACAAGCGCAACGUGAAUCAAAUAUCUUUAAAACCGAGAAAAAAAAAUUGAUUGAGUAUCAGACACUGUUAUAUCAAAUAACAGUAAUAUCACCAAACCAAAGAGUUACAGACGCAAGAACAAAAAUAUUGUACGAUCUAUGGAAUAAUACUGAAAUAUUUAAUGAAACAAUGGACACAUUAUUCCAAAUGGAAUCAACUAGUAAUGUUACAAUUUUUUGUAUGGCCAUGUUUCAAUUUAAAUAUAAAAACUGUAACGCUUUAAAAUUAAACCAAUAUACAGAAAAGCUUUCAGAAUACUUCGUGAAAAGUAUGAUUUCAUGCAAACACAAACCUGACAAGUCCUUUAUUAUAGCUUGCAGUCCAUUAUUGAAAUCCCUCACCGAUGCUGAAUUUGAUUCUUACAUAUAUCCAUCUUUACAGAGGUCUAUAUUGCGAAGCCCUGAAAAUACACUUCAGAGUAUUGGAUUAAUUUUUAAUAUGUUGAACUUCGAUUGCAGUCGAUAUGCUCAAAAGGUUGGAAUAGUUCUCAUUAAAAAUUUAUAUAGUAAAGGUGACAUAGCACGACAAGAGUCACUUGAAUCUUUAAAGCUUUUGUCAACAAAAUGUUCUAAUUGGAUUAUCGUAAAGGAAUUAUUAGAACGUAUUUUCUCUGUUCUAAAUGGAUCCGACGGCAAAAUUAAUGUGAUCGAAUAUAGAAUAAAUAUCCUACAGGGAGCCGGAAAUUUAAGCUUCAACAAUAUAGAUCAAGAUCAUAUGCCCAAUAUUUUAAAUGAAGCGGUUACCCUAUUUUCGAAAGCACUGGAGUGUGAAACGCAAGAAAAAGUUAUUUGCUGUACUUUGGAGAUGUUUGGGUUGUGGACUCAAAAAUUUAUACACAAUUUACCAGAUGUUGUUAUCAAUAUAUUUACAUCUGGAAUGCGGCUGAAAACCACAAAUCAAAUUAUUCGGCAAAGUUAUCUCGAGUGGCUUCUAUUGUCAAUUCAAAAUGCGGAGGUUAAUAACCAUAUUUCUAUUAUACAGGAUCUUAUUUCAUUUUAUACUAAAGCUUUGCAAAACUCAUCACAAUCAUGCUAUUUGUCUGAAGCUGCAUGCAUUGCUUGUAUAUUGCUUAUUUUGGAAAAACCAUCUGAAAACUAUAACUUCUUUUGGACCACAGUGUUCGAUAUGAAAAAACUAAUUUUUUAUAAUGAAAAGUUUACUACAACAGCUCCGAUUCCCACGUUAUGCAAUAUAUCAUUAAUGGCUAGAAUAUUGAUAAAUUCAUAUCCUGAAAAAAUUAAAGGCAAACUAGAACCUUUAGCUCGAACUUUAGUUUCUAACUUAUGUUGUAAUUCAGUUAAAGUUCGAGUAUAUACUGCUAAGCAGGUCAAACAAAUAAUAAACUCAUCAAGCGGAAUUGAGUUUGUUAAAUUAGCCUUAUGCGAGUUUGGUAAACGUAUUAAUUUAGUUAAUAUUGAAACGGACGGGGAGCCUUUAAUUGAUCAAUUUGGGACUUCGAAUCAAGUGUAUGUAGACGCACUUCUCACUUUAACAAGCAUAAAACAUAUUACAUAUGAAGAUUCUGUGGAUGUUGCUAUAGAUCUACUUCUUAUAUCACAUCACCCUGCAAUUGUAUCGAAUGAGCCAUACCUAUGGGAAACAACCAUACAAAAGCAUUUAAACUUGGAUGCAAAAAAUGUUAUACUAGCUAAAACAAAUGAAAUUGUUAAUGAAUACAUUGACAACUAUAUAGCUAGUGCGCAAUAUGAGAAUACAAUAUCAGCAUUGAUUCGAAUUUGUCCGAAUCUUAUUGUUCCAACAGUUGUCAAUAAUUUAAAAAACUAUCUUAGUAACUUCUCAAACUAUAAUGUUUCUAAUGAAGAAUAUUUAAUAUUUUUGACUCCGGAUGGAGAGUUAUUUGAUAAAAGUGUAAUACCUCAUAUAGACUCGCAAUAUGAAACAGUUCGACUUAAAAGAGAAAAUAAAGUUUACAGCUACAAGGAACAAUUAGAAGAGAUUCAACUUCGGCGUGAAAUUGACGAUAAAAGGGAAAAAGAAGGCAAAUUAAAAACUAUAAGGUAUACUCAGAAGCAAGAAGAACAAAUUAAAAAUCAAAUGGAAAAAGAACUACAUAUAAAAUUAAGAAUUACACUGCUUUAUGAAAAACUUAUUUCGAAAAUAAGCUUACUAAAAGCAUCAUGUUCUGGGAAUGGAGAACAAAUGGCCCAACAUUUUUAUUCUUUAUUAGACGGCAUAUUGAAUGCUUCUAAAAGUCCCCUAUGUGCCGAAGUUCUUACUGACCUGUACAUAUUUUUGCAUAAUCUGUGCUUUACUUUCCAGCCAAAACUUGGACGUGCCAUCGCAUUAGCGACAAUCAAACUUCAAAGCCCGUCCUGCGUUUUAAAGAAGGAAUUUGAAGCUUUUAAUGUAAAUCAAGCUAUUAAUGAUAUAAUAAUUGACCUUGACAAUCACGUUAAAUCAAACUAUCUUGACUCGCCAUCUUUUUCAUAUGCCUUCGAGUUCUUAAAGCGGGCGUUAUUAUUGUUAAAUACCGAUUCGGAUUUUGAUCUUAUUUCUAAAGGAAUACAGAUAUUAGCACUCCAUACAAGCGCAGGUGUUUGCUGUAAGCCACAGUUUAUGCCUCGAUUUGGUAUGUUUAAAAUGUUGUUAGAUCUUUUAAAGAACAACAAUAAACUGUGGGCUCAAACUUCAGCUGCCAUCUUACAAGUUGCGAAGUGUUCAAAUGGGGAUAAUUGUUCUAGUCCGGAUAACCAUAUUAUAAGCAUAUUUCUGCAAGCAUUGCAACAUUGUUCUGACGCUGUAAGAAAAGUGGCAUUGCAAUCUCUAAAAAUAAUGGUUAAUGGAAUUGUAAAUCACAUAAAAGUGGAUAACAGUCUUGAAAAGGUAAUUAUAAAUCGAUUUUGGGUUGCCAAACAUGAUCCAGAGGAAGAAAACAGAGAACUGGCUUUAUUUUUGUGGAACACUGCGAAAUUUCCUUUACCCGGAUAUGUUGAUAUUAUUAAUGAUAUCACACACUCCGAGACCUGCAUCCAAAAAUCCGCUUCAGAAUCCCUAAUACCGCUAUUAGCUGGCGAUGAAGUUUUAAAAAAAUGCGUUAUAAAAAAGUUAUUUUCUAUUUACAAAGCGAAGCUGUCCCUAUUACCGCCGGUAUUGGAUCAAUUUGACCGCGAAAUUGAGCCUGCAAUCGAUCAGUGGAAACCGCGAAGAGGUAUUGCUAUUGCAUUCUCCACUAUCGCUUUCCUAUUAUCUAUUGAAGAUAUAAACGAUAUUAUGAAUUUUAUGGUAUCACAAGGACUUGGUGACCGAGAAGAUGUUGUACAUAAGGAAAUGUUAGCUACGGCAUUAAAGAUAGUUGAUUUACACGGAAAUAAAGCAAUUGAAAAUUUGCUACCAGUAUUUGAAGAUUUUCUCGAUAAAGCGCCAAAAUCCCAAAGUUACGACAACAUACGUCAAGCUGUUGUGAUAUUAAUGGGUUCGUUAGCACGUCAUUUGGAAAAAGAUGACAAACGAAUUGACCCAAUUGUUAAAAGGUUAAUAACAUCACUGUCUACUCCAUCACAACAAGUUCAGGAAGCGGUCUCGAAUUGCUUACCUCAUCUUAUGCCAUCCGUAAAGGAUGAGGCCCCUUCAAUGAUAAAAAAACUCUUACACUCAUUGGCGAAGUCUGAAAAAUAUGGUGAAAGGCGUGGAGCUGCGUAUGGCAUUGCCGGUAUAGUUAAAGGUCUUGGGAUUUUAUCAUUAAAGCAACUAGACAUAAUGUCAAAGCUGACCGCAUUUAUUCAAGACAAAAAAAAUUAUAGGUCCAGAGAAGGCGCUUUGUUUGCUUUUGAAGUUUUGUGUAGUACACUUGGUCGUUUAUUUGAACCUUAUAUAGUUCAUGUCUUGCCACAUUUGUUACAAUGUUUUGGUGAUCCAUCGCAGUACGUAAGACAGGCAGCUGAUGAUACAGCUAAAGUAGUUAUGAGAAAACUAUCCGCACACGGUGUCAAGCUAGUGCUUCCGUCACUUUUGGAAGCUCUUGACGAAGAUUCAUGGAGAACAAAAACAGCAUCAGUUGAAUUGUUAGGUGCAAUGGCAUUCUGUGCACCAAAGCAACUUUCAUCUUGCCUUCCAAGUAUAGUUCCAAAACUAAUUCAAGUCCUUGGAGAUUCUCACACUAAAGUACAAGAAUCGGGUGGAGAAGCUCUUAAGGUAAUUGGAUCUGUUAUAAAAAAUCCUGAAAUUCAAGCUAUUGUCCCCGUGCUUUUGGAUGCAUUGGAGGAUCCAUCCAACAAUACAUCUACUUGUUUGCAAAGCUUGCUAAAAACUAAGUUUAUUCACUUUAUUGAUGCUCCCUCAUUAGCUCUAAUAAUGCCAGUGGUGCAACGUGCCUUUAUGGACCGAUCCACAGAGACUAGAAAAAUGGCUGCACAAAUAAUAGGAAAUAUGUAUUCCUUAACAGAUCAAAAAGAUCUGGCGCCCUACUUACCAAGUAUAAUUCCAGGCCUGAAAUCAUCAUUACUAGAUCCAGUCCCUGAAGUGCGAGCUGUGUCAGCUCGUGCGCUUGGUGCUAUGGUUAAAGGUAUGGGUGAAAGUUCAUUUGAAAAUUUAUUACCCUGGCUUAUGGAAACUCUAACUUCCGAGUCUAGCAGUGUGGAUCGCAGUGGAGCAGCACAAGGACUCUCUGAAGUAGUUGGAGGACUUGGCGUUGAAAAGAUGCAUAAACUUAUGCCGGAAAUAAUUUCGACUGCAGAACGCGUAGACAUCGCUGCACAUGUUAAAGAUGGAUAUAUAAUGAUGUUUAUAUAUAUGCCUGGAGCUUUCCAAGAAGAAUUUACACCUUAUAUCGGACAAAUUAUCAAUCCGAUUUUAAAAGCUUUGGCAGACGAAAGUGAAUUCGUUCGUGAUACUGCUUUAAAGGCAGGUCAACGUAUUGUUAAUUUAUACGCAGAAACUGCUGUGGCACUUUUACUUCCGGAGCUUGAAAAAGGGCUAUUCGAUGAUAAUUGGAGGAUUCGAUAUAGUUCUGUUCAAUUACUUGGAGACCUGUUGUAUCGAAUAUCUGGAGUAUCUGGAAAAAUGACUACGGAAACAGCAAGCGAAGAUGAUAAUUUUGGUACGGAACAUUCACAUACAGCUAUUAUUCACUUUUUGGGCGAUGAACGUAGAAAUAGAGUAUUGUCAGGGCUUUACAUGGGACGUAGUGACGUUUCAUUGAUGGUGCGACAGGCUGCACUGCAUGUAUGGAAAGUUGUUGUGACAAAUACUCCGCGGACUCUGCGUGAGAUUCUACCAACACUGUUCGGUUUACUACUUGGAUGUUUGGCAAGCACAAGUUAUGAUAAGAGACAAGUGGCGGCUCGAACUUUGGGAGACUUGGUGAGAAAACUUGGGGAACGAGUUUUACCAGAAAUAAUUCCUAUUCUUGAAAAUGGUCUAAACUCUGAUCAUCCUGAUCAACGUCAGGGAGUAUGCAUUGGUUUGUCUGAAAUAAUGGGUUCUACAUCAAAAGAAAUGGUACUUACGUUUAUUGACAGUCUGGUCCCUACAGUCCGAAAGGCUUUGUGCGAUCCCUUACCAGAAGUUCGAGAAGCAGCAGCAAAAACAUUCGAGUCUUUACAUAGCACAGUGGGAUCUCGAGCGUUAGAUGAAAUUCUACCAUUUAUGCUGCAAGGUCUUUCAGAUGCCGACCCCUUUGUUGCUGAGAAUACUUUAGACGGUCUUAGACAGGUAAUGUCUAUUAAAUCAAAAGUUGUUUUGCCAUAUCUUGUGCCGCAACUAACAUCCCCACCAGUGAAUACAAAAGCCUUAUCUAUACUAGUCUCUGUCGCCGGAGAAGCGUUAAUCAAAUAUUUGCCUAAAAUAUUAUCAUCAUUAUUGGAGGCUCUAUCAGACGCCUACGGAUAUCCUAAUGAACCACAAGAAAAUGAGUACUGCCAAACGGUUAUAUUGUCAGUAACAGAUGAAACUGGAAUUAGGACAAUAAUGGAUACAUUGCUUAUUUCAGCGAAUUCCUCUGACCUAUGCACUCGGAAGUCUGCGGCAAGCUUACUAUCCGCUUUUUGUAUUCAUUCACCCGGAAAUUACUAUGAAUACAUUCCUCAACUUUUAAGAUGUUUACUUAAGUUGUUAGUAGAAAGUGAUAAAGAUAUACUACAGAAAUCUUGGGAGGCUCUUAACGCUGUAAUUAAAGGCAUGAAUGCUGCGCAACAAAUAUGUCACGUAUCUGAUGUUCGCCAGGCCGUUAGGUUUGCAGCAAGCGAACUUGAAGGAACAGAGCUUCCUGGAUUUUGUCUUCCAAAAGGAAUUACUCCACUAUUACCGGUUUUUCGGGAAGCUAUUUUAAAUGGAUUACCAGAGGAAAAAGAAAACGCGGCACAAGGACUCGGUGAAGUUAUUUUUCUAACUAACGCAAAAUCGUUGCAGCCUUCAGUAGUACACAUAACAGGUCCAUUGAUUCGAAUACUAGGAGACCGUUUCAACGCAGCAGUUAAGGCUGCAGUAUUGGAAACGUUGUCAAUUUUACUUCAUAAAGUUGGUGUUAUGUUAAAACAGUUUUUACCACAGCUUCAGACCACUUUUCUUAAGGCAUUACAUGAUCAAAAUCGAAACGUUAGAAUGAAAGCUGGAAAAGCAUUGUCUGAGUUAGUGGCAAUUCAUUCUAGAGCAGAGCCAUUAUUUAAUGAAAUUCAUAAUGGAAUUAAAAACUCAGAUGAUUCUUCUGUCAGAGAGACAAUGCUCCAUGCACUUCGAAGUAUUGUCAGUCGAUCUGGAGACAAAAUGUCGGAACCAAUAAAAAAACAAAUUUAUGUUACCUUAUUGAGUAUGAUCGGACAUCACGAAGACGCUACUCGAAGCGCAGUAGGAGGAUGCUUGGGAGCAAUAUUAAAGUACAUAGCUUCGGGACAUGUAUAUGAUUUGUUUAAUAAUAUUAUACUGACGAAUAAUACAGAUGAUCUAAUAGUGAAACAUGGACACACAAUAGUAUUGUUUGUUGCACUAAAAGAAUGCCCCACCGAAGUACUUGUGUUAGAUUUGCCUGAAAAGAUUACAUCUUAUGUAUUAAUCAAUAUUUUAUCAGAAAAAGUGCCAAUUGCCUCCAAUGCUGUAAGAGCUGCCACUUACCUUUUGGACUAUUACCUUGUCAAUCAAAAUGAACCCCCUAUUAAAAUUGUAAUGGCGUUAUCUAGGGCAAUGAAUCAUUCUAGCAACGAUGUUAAACAGCUUGUUGCACAAAGUUGUACCUACCUUUCUAAAAAUUUGGCAGCAAAUCAAAGUAGCAUUGAUGUUUUGAAAUAUUUGGUGCCUAUGCUGGUAAAUGGAACUAAAGAAAAAAAUGGUUAUGUGAAAUCAAAUUCAGAACUAGCAUUAAUUUCCAUUUUGAGAUUAAGAUCUGACGAUACGAGCUUUUUAAAAAUUUCAGGUCUGUUAGAAUCUGGUGCUAGAGACUCAUUAAAUGACGUAGUUUUGAAAGUUUUAAAACGCACAUCUUCACAAUCUAUUAUAAAAGAAGAAGAAUUGGAUGACACUCUGCAAUCAUAACCAAUUUUUCUUAAAAUCGUUCCAAAAAUAUCUUGAACUCUUAAAAAAUAGCUGUAUUUCAAAUUUUUUGUAAAUAAAGUAAAAAUU